AUGCAACAACUCCUCCACUUCACCGCCUCCGCAUCUCACUACCACCGUCACCGCCAGUUGAUCCGCACUUUUAUAAACGCUAGAAUCAAAUGGGUCCGCGAUCCAUACCUCGACACUGCCGUCGAAAAGGAAAAAAAUCUUAAACCCUUACUCUUACUGAAAACCCUAAUCAUCUCACAGCCCUCCCAAACGAUACCCCUCUCCUCUGUUUCCCCUCUGAAACCCCAUCUCCACCUCCCCACAACUGCCCAAAAAUUUAUAGAAAAGUACCCAUCCAUUUUUAAAUUGUUCCUCCCCCCUGGCAAAACCAUGCCCCUUCCUCAUGUUAAGCUCACUCCAAAAGCCCUCUCCCUUCAUCACGAGGAAAUGUUGAUGCUUAGUUUAUCACAUUAUCGGAAAGAUGUAGCGGAAAGGCUGGCAAAACUUUUGAUGCUCACGCGAGGUCUAAAGAUUCCAUUGGAUUUAAUUGAUAUGUUUCAGUAUGAUUUAGGUCUGCCUCAUGAUUAUUUAUUGACAUUAUUGCCAGAAUUUCCUGAGUUUUUUCAAAUUUCUGAUUUGGGUUUUCGGGAUUCAAGUGGUAAUGUGGUGCUUGGUUUGGAAUUGGUUUCUUGGAGGAAAGACUUGGCUGUUUCUGCUAUGGAAAAGAGAGCAAAGAGUGAUGGCGAAAGUGAAAGACGAUUUAAGUUCUUGAUGAAUUUACCGAGAGGGUUUGAUUUGGAGAAGAGAGUGAUGGAAUGGGUGGAGGAGUGGCAGAAUUUGCCAUACAUUUCGCCUUAUGAAAAUGCAUUUCAUCUGGCUCCUAAUAGUGAUCAGGCAGAGAAGUGGGCAGUGGGGGUGAUUCACGAGUUGCUGAGCUUGCUAUUGUCGAAAAAGACAGACAGAGAAAAUAUUUUUCGUCUGGGAGAGUUUUUGGGAUUCACACGCCUUAGGUUUAAGAAGGCUUUGUUGCAUUUCCCUGGCAUUUUUUAUGUUUCUAAUAAGAUUAGGAUGCAGACUGUAGUUUUGAGGGAGGAAUAUAAGAAAAAUCUGUUAAUUGAGAGGCAUCUGUUAAUGGGUAUGAGGUACAAGUAUAUUAAUCUCAUGAACAGGGUGUUGAGAAGGGGUAAACCAAUUAGAUCUGUAUUUUUUGGACAUAAAAAGAGGAAUUCUUUCAAUAAAGGAGGGAGAAGGAAAGGAGACGACAAUAGAUACAGUAUAGAUGAUGACAAUGAUGAGUAG